CGAGCGGCUGUCGGUGUAACGGCAGCACAACCGGAGCACCGGGAGCAGCGAUGGGUCAACAGACGCAGCGUGGCGGGGCGGCCGAGCCGGAGGACCGGCCGCUGCGCCCCGACUGGUGCCAGACGGCCUCGGGCCACAUCAAGAGACCCAUGAACGCCUUCAUGGUGUGGUCCAAGGGGGAGCGGCGGAAGAUCAUGGAGCAGGCCCCCGACAUGCACAACGCGGAGAUCUCCAAGCGGCUCGGCAAGCGCUGGAAGAUGCUGCAGGACGCCGAGAAGGUGCCGUUCAUCCGGGAGGCGGAGCGGCUGCGGCUCAAGCACAUGGCGGACUACCCGGACUACAAGUACCGGCCCAAGAAGAAGCCCAAGGCGGACGGGUGCGCGUCCCCCGCGGGGAAGCCAGCCGCCCAGUCCCCGGAGAAGGCGUCCGCCAGGCCGGUGCUUAAAGCCCAGCAGAAGAGGGGCUGCGGGCUGAAGCCCUGCAAGCCGGCAGUCGGCGCGGUCGCCCACGACCCCCGGUACCGGUACCUGCUGAGCACCGGCUGCAGAGCCAGCAAGCUCGUUAAACGGGAGUUCACCGACGAGGACGAGGAGGAGGAUGAAGACGACUCGGAGGAGGAGGAGGAGCAGCGGGUGGGUUCGAGUCAGAGCUCCGGGGAACCGGAUGGAACCGGUCGGCUCUUCUACAGCUUCAAGAACAUCACCCGGCAGGGCACCGGUACCCCGUCCUACCCGGUCUCGCCCGCGUCCUCGUCCAGGUCCUCGUCCUCCUGCUGCGGGGACGAGGACCUGGACCUGGACCGGGACGAGGGGGCCGACUUCACCCUGAGCCUGCUGGCCGGCUUCCACGCCUCCUCCUCGGAGCCCUGGAGCUCGUGGGCCAGCUCGGCUCCGGGGAACCUGAGCCUGUCCCUGGUGGACCAGGACCUGGACUCGUGCAGCAGCGAGGGCAGCCUCGGGUCCCACUUCGACUUCCCGGACUACUGCACCCCGGAGCUGAGCGAGAUGAUCGCAGGGAGCUGGCUGGAGGCCAACUUCUCUGACCUGGUGUUCACGUAUUGAUCCAGUACGAUCCGGGUCAUCGAGAGGGCUGCCUUGAGGAGGACCGGGACCCGGACUCACUGGUACUGCUGCCGGUACUUGCAACAAAAAGGAUGAAAUGAAAUCACCUCAACUGGGUUUUCUGGAUUUGGUUUUCUGGUGCUCGGGUCUGAACCAGAACCAGAACUAUGCAGUCUAAUGUCCCCCCGGGACCAGGACCAGGACUCCUUCAGGAGACUCGUCUGGUUGCCAGGUUUGGAGACACGAGACUCAACGUUUUGAUAUUUACAGAAACAAACAUACCUCAUCUCUUUUUUAUUAGAAGUAUUAAGAAGUAUUUUUGUACAGUCAAAGGGACGUUAUGAUUUUGUAGCGAGGGUUCAAAUCCCGGCCUGCCUUCCCUUGAUGCCUUGCUGUUUUAAACGUGUCAGACAGGAAGUGGUUUGUUUGGGAGGACUGGGUCCAGGAUUGUGUACAUGUGUAAAAUAGUGAAAGUUUAGGGCUUAGUGUAUAUUGUUUUAUAACAUUAAUGGCACAUAUUUGUUUUUUCCUCAUUUCUGUGCAAUAUAAAUGAAAUCCAACAAAGGGCCGUCCUCUCUUUUGUAGCAUAAACUUCAUGUCUGAAUAAAUCAGCUGGAACUGA